CCUACAUCGUGUAACCAUGGACAAGAUUCACCAAAUCGUUCUAGGGCUGCUGCUGUAUAACAUUAUCGGAGCAACCGCACAAUCCCCAACUACUCUGCAAAUAACAGAUUUCACAGCAACAUCAAUAACCGUUAUUUGGGAUCCGAUUGUUGCUGACAACUACGAAAUAGUCUUCUAUGAAUCCAAAUCUGGAGAAAUGCAUGUCAUAGAUAAUAUCGACCAGGGGGCGACAACUUAUUUCAUAUCAAAUCUGAACCCUGGCACAAUGUAUCAAUCAAUGACUAUACAUGCAAUGUAUGCUGGUGUACCUGGUCCUCAGAGUAAUGUAGUCGAUCAAUUAACACUUGCACCAGCACCAUACGUUCAAGUAGAAGACGUUGGAGAAACAACAAUAACUAUUAGUUGGAAUGCGCUUCCUGUAGCCGAAAAAUUUUUCAUCAAUUAUGAAGAAUACAACACUGGAAUUUCCCAUUCCUUAACUGUGCCAGGGACAGCCAGUACUUAUGAAUUGAUAGGGUUGAAACCCUCCACACUGUACGUAGGUAUUUCCGUACAAGCAAAAUAUCUGAUGUGUCAAGUGAUUUUAGCAAUGAAGUUCAACAAACAACAGAAGGGGGAGCAGUUGCAUCAGGUGAUCCACAUAUGACAACAUUCGAUGGACGUCGAUACAGUUUUCAAGGUGCAUGCUGGUAUACAUUUUUCAAAGACUGCACCACACACCCUGAUUUUGAAGUCACAAUUAAGUUUGAAAAAAGAGAUGAUAUUGAACUAUUCAAAACAAGAACAGUGUCUUUCAAAGUUACUGUCAGAGACCAGUAUGCUAUUGUUAAUGGCAUGGAUGUAGUCAAAGGAAGUACAGGUGAUGGACAUGUGGAUUCAACUGCUAUACAGAUUCAGGAAAAAGAUAGCAUGAUUACACUGACAUUCACAGCCAAGGAUACAACAUACACUCUGACAUGGACAAUGCGAAAACAUAUUUUAGAAGCGUCAUUCUCUGGUUCUGAUUACAACGGCAAACUCUGUGGUUUGAUGGGAGAUGCUGAUGGUGACAAGCAUAAUGACUUCAAGAAGCCUGAUGGUACUAGUACUAAUGACGCUAUUCAGUUUGGAGAAAGCUGGAAAGUAAAUGAAGAAGUGUGCAACUAAGAGUGUCCAGAGGCCGAGCAGACCUACUGAUUACGUGUUAUCAAUUGGAAGUCAUAUGGGAAUUUGGUGUUAUAAGUUGUAGAAUGAUUUUGUCAUUAUGUUGUGAUUUUGAGAUUCUAGGGUUCUGGUUUAAAAUUAUUCAAGACAGGUACUGUUGAGUUAUAUAGAAUCGGAAUUAUGACUUUCAUGUUCAGCAUCGGAAUGUUAAAUUCAAUAAAGGGUUUAAAAUUGGGAAAAAA